UGAGCGGAGAGAGGAGGGACCCACGAACACUCUGUGCAUUUGAACCGAGUCCCCUCUCCGCCCCGCUGUCUCCUCCACCGGAGGCGGGCAAUUAGAGGUCUGAAAAAAUAGGUCUGCGAUUGCUGGGCAGAUGAAUUAGUUGGCGUUCAGUGUCUGUAUGGAGGGUAAGUUCUGUGCGCAGGGGGCCAAAAAUGUCGGGGAUGUAUGGAGUCACGACGCACGACGCAGCGCGGCUCGUCAUGACCUGAAGUGAAUCACCACGGGAUUGCGUUAGUGACGUGAAAUUUAGGUUGGCUGCAAUUAGGCAUGGCUUGUGCGCCGCAUAUUUACCAGCAGCUGUAGCCUCAUAGCUGCUUUUUCCCCCUCCACCAUUUUCAUCACCAUUUUCUUUUUGCUUAUUGUUUUUCUCUGAGUCAUUUUUUAUAUAAUGUAGCAGCUUUGCAUCAAAAGACAUUUCACUACAUCCGGAACUUGCGCAAACUAUCUUGCGCUGUAUUGCAUUUUUCCCCCUAUUAAGUAAAGAGCGUGGCUGCUCUGCGCCGGUCAAGUGUUUGCGGAUUUCUUUCUGGACACGGCGCUUCAUGCUUCGUGCACCUGUGGACGCCUGCAAAGGAGGAAGCGAGGACGCCUUUUGUGAUUUCUUUUUUUUUUUUUUACCCACCCCACGCUCACACACGCACUUACGAGGGUCGGUUUAUUUGUAGUGUCUUUCCAGCGAAUUAAAGCGUCUGUCGGAUGCACGGCUGGAUUUCAAGCAGUCUGAAAGGUCUGGUCAGAUUCAGCACCACAUCGGCUCUGAACAGCUCCCGGUCGUCGCGUGUGGAUGGGCUCUGUCGGUCUCCGCGCCUCCUGCAGCUCCUAACUACCGGCAACAAUGGCAUCACACGGGUUCUGGUCUCUUGGCGGAGAUAAUGCCGGGGCCAAUACCGGGAGUCAGAGCCCGAGUACGCCCAGGGCUUGGUGCCAAGCAGCGGCCCAGAAAUUAUCCGGAGGAAUUGGAUCGAAAUUAUGUGCGCUGCUAAAUGUCGGGGAGGUGGAGAAAGCCGCCGAGCCGGGCGCCAAGCAGCCGCCAGAGACGGCUGCAGGAACCUGCGGCUGCAACAAAUCCUGCAACUGCACCAAAGCUGCUGUGGGCUUCUCCGACCUCUAUUCAACAGACCUGUUACCGGCCACGGACGGUGAUACCAAAACGAUGACCUUCCUGCAGGAAGUUGUGGAUAUUUUACUGGCCUACAUAGUGGAGUCUUUCGACCGGGAAACGAAAGUUAUUGAUUUUCAUUAUCCGAACGAGCUGCUUCAGAUGAACAACUGGGAGCUGCAGGACGAACCUGCGACUCUGGACGACAUCUUGAUCAGCUGUCGCGCUACAUUGAAAUACGCCAUCAAAACAGCCCACCCCAGGUACUUCAAUCAGCUCUCCACGGGAUUAGACAUGGUCGGACUUGCAGCCGAUUGGCUAACAUCCACCGCCAACACCAAUAUGUUCACCUAUGAGGUAGCUCCUGUCUUUGUGCUGCUGGAGUACGUCACUCUGAAGAAGAUGAGGGAGAUCAUUGGCUGGCCGGAUGGGCGAGGAGAUGGCAUUUUUUCUCCUGGUGGUGCUAUUUCUAACAUGUACGCCAUGCUGCUGGCCCGCUUCAAGAUGUUCCCUGAGGUGAAAGAGAAGGGAAUGUCAUCCGUUCCCAGACUGGUGGCCUUCACAUCCGAACAUAGCCAUUUUUCAAUCAAAAAAGGUGCAGCAGCUCUCGGCAUUGGGACCGAAAGCGUGAUCUGCAUCAAAGCAGAUCAAAGCGGUAAAUUGAUCCCAGCUGACCUUGAGAGGCGAAUACUGGAGGCAAAACAGAAGGGUUUUGUACCUUUCUUCGUAAGUGCGACUGCUGGGACAACAGUGUACGGAGCUUUUGACCCCCUCAUUGCCAUUUCUGACAUUUGCAAAAAGUACAACAUCUGGAUGCACGUGGAUGGAGCAUGGGGAGGAAGUCUGCUCAUGUCCAGGAGACACAGGUGGAAGCUGGACGGAGUUGAGAGGGCCAAUUCAGUCACAUGGAAUCCACACAAAAUGAUGUCCGUCCCUCUGCAGUGUUCUGCCCUGCUGGUCAGAGAGGAGGGUCUUAUGCAGAACUGCAACCAGAUGCACGCCUGCUACCUAUUCCAGCAGGACAAACACUACGAUCUUUCUUACGACACCGGAGACAAGGCGCUGCAGUGUGGACGUCAUGUGGACAUCUUCAAGCUGUGGCUCAUGUGGAGAGCUAAGGGCACCAUUGGGUUCGAGGCUCAGAUUGACAAGUGUCUGGAGCUGUCCGAGUACCUCUACAACAAGAUUAAAGACAGGGAAGGAUACGAGAUGGUCUUUGAUGGCAAACCUCAGCACACCAACGUCUGCUUCUGGUACCUGCCGCCUGGCAUCCGCUACAUGGAGGACAAAGAGGAGAGAAAGAAACACCUGCACAAGGUGGCUCCCGUCAUAAAAGCCAGAAUGAUGGAGUACGGGACAACUAUGGUGAGCUACCAGCCACAAGGGGACAAGGUCAACUUCUUUCGCAUGGUGAUCUCAAAUCCUGCUGCUACCUUUGAGGACAUCGACUUUCUUAUUGAGGAGAUUGAACGACUUGGCCAGGAUCUAUAAGACACAUCUCUCCAAAUCCUCUUGUACUUUUCCCCUUGACGGAUGAAUUGUUUGUCGUGAAUGUACUGGUAAACUUAUUUUCUUUUCUCUCAAUCUUUCCUCCAAAGUCUCAUAUUUAAGAGUAUAUUUGAGACAAAAGAUCUGCAGAUAUAUCCAUAUAUUACGUAUUGUAGCUUUGCCGUGGGCUGACUUGGUCCAAAGCUAUGUAAAAGUGCUUCUGUCUGCUUCUCCUGUAGUGUAGUAGAUCCCAGAGUAGUGUAAGUGACGUAACUUUAUAUGUAAUUUUUGUGAUAUGAAAUGCUUGUGCAAUAAGUCGAUGAGAAAGAGUUUAUUUCUCAAUCAUUUCUCAUUUGCCGAGUCCGUUGUUAAGUGCCAAACGUGGUUGUGUUCUAUUGUAACUUUAAAGCAUUUUAAACUUCUCGUUUAAAACAAAAAUAGCACUUCACCUUACCUCAGCUUAAUCAACUGCCUUUACAUCUGCACAUUACACUCAAAGCAGGGCAGAACUCCUUCUCUUACCUGGUGUUGUUACGCAGUGCCAGCACAUGUUAAAGACAUAACCCAGCCAGAGCAGACUGCAUGAUGGAAACGUGAAAACAGAGCAGUUCAAAGCAUUUACAAUCAAGCCAGUUCACCACCCAUCACCUCUGCCUUUGACAGUUCAACCUGCAGCUCAUGAUGCUGCUCUGCUUAUUGAUUAUUAAGACUUUUUUACUCUCUUUCUAAUAUAUUUAGGCGAUAAAGGCUUGUAAAACCCAUGUCGCUGGACAUUGUUGACUUGCUACAUGAAUACAUCGAAAUGGGAUCCAUUUCCAUCCUUGCUGUAUAAUUAGCUUUGCUCCAUAUGUUAGAAUGAAGAUCGGCACUUGAGCUAUAAUCCUUAAGUUUCCAGUGUAUUGAACUGCAUUGAAUAGAUUUCAGAUUUUCUGCAGUAGUCAUCAACUGUAUUUGUGUCCUGUUACUGUUGCUAUGUGUGGUAGUAGUACCAGUUGUUUUCCAAAGCAUUUCACCUAACAACCUUGUUUUUUCAUUGCAUAUUUGACAGACUAACUGCUGAAAGCCAAUCUGCUGCCUCCAGGGGCCAUUACAUACAUGUAUUCAUUUCCUUGGACUGAGUAGCACACCAAGGUAGUAGUUGAGUAGACUUUUUUUUUUCUCUUCUUGGAAAGGACACCAACUGUGCACAUGACCAGACAUGUCCAAGGGUCUACAGUUUGCUUUAUGUAGGCUGUGUUGGGAACAUUAGUUUAGUCCAAACAACAUAAUGAGUCUAAUGUAAAUUACUUCAAAUUCUCUUAGAAUUCUUCUUGACCGCUUGACAUUUUCAUUUUAAAGGAGGACAAAUUAGGUAAUUGUUUGACUAUUUGAUCACAACCCUGAUGUUUCAAUACAGCUCCCAAAUUAAAUUCAUUGCUCAGUAGAGGUAUACCCCAAAUACGUAGGGUUACCUUCCUGCCAGCCUGCAUCAUUAACUCACAUCUUUGAGACUUGAAAAGGGGAAGACGUACAAAGAAGCAUGUUGAAAUUUAGUCCUUGCCUUGUUUCUUUUGCACAACAGUAUAUGGGAAGUAUGUCCAAUUGAUCAUUUAGGCAAAGUGCUACCAAGGUGCCCCAAAGGGCAUCAUAGCCCUGGCUUCACUGCAUGCCCACUGCCAUUUAUAUACAGGGAAUUUGCAGUACUAAAGAUUCACUAUGAAUGGAUCUGUUAUCUAACUUUGUGGAUAUUCCUUGUACAGAGAGUCUAUGUCAACGUUUGGCAAAAAAUGCCUAUAUAUUUUGUUUUAUUUAAAAUGUUACAAAUGAAUUGCUUUUUAGUGCUGGUUGCAGUGAACCUACUGGAACUUGGAUGUUACAGGGUACAUGGUGCAUUGCCCAGGUGGCAGUUUAAGUCAUAUCCCCUUUUUUCGCCCCAUCAGGUUCUUUAAUUCCAGUACCAUCUCUGGGCACUGCUCCCAAAGCUUUGUGGCACCGAAUUGCCGCUAGCCUGCCAAAUAAACCAGGACAGAAAUCUUAAGGAUUAUAACUUUAAAUAUGAAAGAAAAGAUUUUCUUUUUGUAGUCAUGCUUUUGAAUGAGCACUUACUGAAAGGUUGUGGAUCUUAAGAAACCAAGAAUUGGGCAAUAAUGGGGUAUUGUUGGGAUAUAGGAUCUUAACCUGAUUUGCAGCUACUGUAUACCUGACAUUACUUGCACUAAAUCACUGUUGGGAGGAGCUGCAUCCCUUUGCAUUGCAACUGAGAUUUUGUCUUUCUGCAUUCACAAGCAAUAUUUGAGUAUGGGUCCAAUAUAUAUAUCUAUAUAUAUAUACAUACGCAUAUAUGUAUCCUGCAUAAUAUCAAAAGGAUCAAUAGUAAAUGAUAAUCAAGUUUCCAGACCAAACCCAUGGUAGUUUGCAAAAAACAAGGACAAAAAAAGAAACCUGGAGUAAAAGCAUGCUUAUUGUAGGCGGGUUAGUUGGAAUGUGAACCCUGAUUUAUCAGGCAGAGGUUCUGUAGCAUUUUCAUUAGAACAAGUUAGAAAAGCACAAUUAUAGCUCAACAUGGUCGGUCAGUGAACAAUCACUUUUGAUCAUAGACUGUAAAUAGUAUUUCAAGAUGUCCUAAGUACAUAUCUUUGUGUAUACAUACGUGUAUAUAAGACAUUUAACCAGAGACUAUUUGUGAGGUAAAGUUCUUCAUAUUUUCUCUAUCUCCAAUAUAGAUUACCUGUAUUUUCAUCCGGUUUGUCCAAAAGGCUUUUUUCCUUGUGUGUAUGUAUGUAUGUAUGUUCGAUACUUGAUUUGUGACUUCUAGCUAUUUCAAAGAUGUGUUUCAGGGACUGGCUUUAAAGAAAUUGAUAGAUUUUACUUUGAAAUACUUCCAAGUCUUACUCAGAGACUCGGGUGUUUGGAUUUUCAAUGAAUAUGCAAAGCCAUUUUGACUCUGAAGCCCCGUGUUUUUCGUGCACAAGUGAUACUUGACGGUAUGUGCCAACUGUGUACCUUAGUGUGUUUGUAAGUGUGUUGCCUUAGUAUGAAUUUUUCAGUAUUGUCUAGUUUUCCUCCAAAUGGGAGGUUGUGCACUUUAGAGUAUACACAUGAUCAAAUAACGUGCAAUGUCCGAUGGUUGUCCAUAAAUUGAUGUUUAAAAAAAAUUCUACUACUCAAGAUAUGUAAUUUAAGCUCUUUGGUCUGAAUGUGCACUGAAUCGAGGGUCUGCCAGAAAUGAAAGGAUUUAAUUUUUUCUCAGUUUGUAGAUAUUGUAAAGCUUCUCCUUUAAAUGUUUUACAUCUCAACGGAGAGUUGCCUAAAGUUUCAAAUUUUUACUUUCUGUUUCGCCCCAAACCAAAAUUGGCUUCCACACUGUGACACAGACAGCAUGAUUUAUUACAGCGACAAUAAAAUCUCUCUUUGGUAGUCUCGGAAAGCCAGACACUUUGUUUCUCUUGCUGCUGCUGCUAGACUUGCUUCCUUUGCACGACAUGCAUGCGAUGCCUUGCCUAUCCAGCUUGUUUGAUAUACAGUCUCCUAUAUAUCUAUUUAUAUCUAUCUCUCUCUAUAUAUAUACAUAUAUACAGUUUGUGUAGCUCCUGUAAUUAGCUUUAGUGUCCGAUGUAUAGCUUAGCUUGUAGAUUAGUGCUGUCGCUCUAGCCUUUACAUGUGAUCUCUGUGUCUUGAGCUUCCUGUAAAGUUUCUUUGUGCCGCCAGCAUGCUAACCUCGCCUAGCAUUGUACUCCUCUCCGCGCUUGAUCUGACUUUCUCUAUCCUCUGUCUUUCUGCUUGAAGACUGUCGCAGCUCUGAACGUAGCGUAUUAUAUCUAUAUGUGUAGUCCCUCAGCAUGUCUUUCUGAAAGCUCCUCUCUGCUCUGCGCCUGUACGACCUUUUUCUCUCUUUCUCUUCCGCUUCGCCCUCUGGUAGCAGUGACAACGUAUCCUCGCGCUUUCCUCUGACGUUUCUCGGCUGCCCGCUGUCGUUCUGUUCGCGUGUCUGAGACGGUGUGUUGGCAUGUGUCAUGGUGCCCACAGUGUCACCGUUUCUGAUGUUUGUUUCACAAAGGCCCUUGACUCUGUGGGAUGUAUGCGAAAUAAAUUUAACUUAGACUUUAACAAAUAUAUAAGGAAAAAUUAGACCCUAGUUUCUUGCUUAUGAGAAAUAUUGUUUAUAAGAACAGUUAAAACUCCCAGUAUUCAGAGUGCAGAUCAUUUCACUGAAUAUGGUGCAAUUUUGAAUCAUACAUUCUGCAAACUGCUGUGCUGGCUUUAUCAAACGUUCAUUUGUCCUGAACUAUAUGUUGCUCUUGGGAAAAUAGAAAUAAAUAUUGCCAAAACAAACAAAAAA